ACUAGUAGUCAAAACCAUCAAUCUCAAAAAACCAGGCACAAAAUCCUCCCACUUACUAUUUUCUCUCUCCAAAGAAACUUAAAAAUGGCUGCUGUUACUCUAAAAUAAACCGUGACAGAUUACAUCUCUCUCUCUCUCUAAAGUUUUAAUUGGAGAUACAGAAAAAAUAGUGUUGGUUCCAACUUCCAAGCAAAGAAUAAAACCAUCACGUCUACAUCAAAGGCCACUUGAUUUACCUCUCCGAAUUCCAAAAUUACAUGAUCGCCCCUUUUACCAAAAUACUGUGUUCGAAUUUUGCUUAACCUAAUUACAGUUAACACAUACCGCUGCUCCGAGUGCUGAUUCAAUUGGCAACCUUGAUUUCUAUUUGAAGAUUUCUUUGGUCAAUUUUGAAUUCUUCUGUGUAGUGAGGUAGUUUGGGGCUUGGAAUUUGUUCUUCGAUGGAUGAAUUAGUCGGGCCUCGUCUGUACAGCUGCCACAAAUGCCGGAAUCACGUCUCUCUCCACGACGACAUAAUCUCUAAAGCAUUUCAGGGAAGACACGGCAGAGCGUUUUUGUUCUCCCAUGCCAUGAACGUUGUUGUCGGGGCGAAAGAGGACAGGCAUCUUAUGACGGGCCUGCACACGGUGGCUGAUAUCUCGUGUGGAGAUUGCAACGAAGUGCUGGGCUGGAAAUACGAACGGGCUUACGAGGCUUCGCAGAAAUACAAGGAGGGCAAAUUCAUAUUCGAAAAGUCGAAAAUCGUCAAGGAUAAUUGGUAGUGGUGGUGGUAGCCCCGUGUGGUAAGUUAUAUGUAAUAUAUGAUGGUCAUUGGUUCAUUAUAUGGGAGUUCAUUAUUCCUCAAAAUGCCCUUUCUGUAUAUAGUCAUUGUCCGGAAAACGAAAACAAAAUCGGUAACACGUCCGGUUGAAGACACUGGUAUCGUCUGAUGUUUGUGUCGAUUGUAAAGUUUGUUAAGGAAGUUGUUUAUUGGGUUGAUAUAUGUAUAUAUCUUGUUCAGUAAUCUUGUACAUAACUUUUUAACUCAUUGGAUUCUAUGUUUCGUUUAUCGACAAAAUGCCGUUUACCUAGC